UGUCCCUUCUGCAGUGCCUUUCCUCUGAGGCCCUCAAAGGGAAACUGAGGCUUUGAGGACACGAAGACUCGCAUUAGGCCAAUGAGCCUUGGAACUCCAGAUCGAAGAGGAGAAGAAAGACCUGACUCUGUGUGUGUGUGUGUGUAUGUGUGUGUGGCAGAGGGGGGUGUGGUCAUGGGGUAUUGCCAUGAACACACAAGGGGCAAGAAGCGUCUGAAAUCAGAGCUAACUUGGGAGGCACAGAACACAGGGUGCCUGGAAGGGAAACAGAUGUAUUGUGGGGCACAGGGCAGGCUGGGAGGGGAACAAAGGUCCACUCCAUGGGUAACCAGACCCUUCCGCCAGGGCUGGCCACUUCUGCCUUUGGAAAAUGUUUCACAACGCCCCACGUUAUGUGUGUGUGUGAAUCGGCCGAUGCGAAGCAAAUGUUGAUGUAAGAGGCAGGGCGCUCAGAUGCGGAUGGGUAACAGGGCGUGGGCUCACACACUCACUUGCACCAGUGCCCAGAGAUGGGGUGCAGGCUGAGGAGCUGCCCAGAGCACUGCUCACACUCCCAGAGUACCUGAAUUCGGCAUUCCAAUGACAGGUGACAAGGGUCCUCAAAGGCUGAGCAGGUCCAGCUAUGGUUCCAUCUCCAGCCCGACCAGCCCAGGGCCACAGCAAGUGCCUCCCAGAGAGACCUACCUGAGUGAGAAGAUCCCCAUCCCAGACACAAAACCGGUGGGAUGCUGGAAACUUCCUGGGGGCUUGGCACCUUCAGCCUGCGGAAGCUAUGGGCCCCCCUCACUCUACUCCUCCUACCCCCGACAGGGCACCUUCAGCCUGCGGAAGCUAUGGGCCUUCACCGGGCCUGGUUUCCUCAUGAGCAUUGCUUUCCUGGACCCAGGAAACAUCGAGUCAGAUCUUCAGGCUGGCGCCGUGGCGGGAUUCAAACUUCUCUGGGUGCUGCUCUGGGCCACAGUGUUGGGCUUGCUCUGCCAGCGACUGGCUGCACGUCUGGGCGUGGUGACAGGCAAGGACUUGGGUGAAGUCAGCCAUCUCUACUACCCUAAGGUGCCCCGCACACUCCUCUGGCUGACCAUCGAACUAGCCAUUGUGGGCUCCGACAUGCAGGAAGUCAUCGGCACGGCCAUUGCAUUCAAUCUGCUCUCAGCUGGACGAAUCCCACUCUGGGGUGGCGUCCUCAUCACCAUCGUGGACACCUUCUUCUUCCUCUUCCUCGAUAACUAUGGGUUGCGGAAGCUGGAAGCCUUUUUUGGACUCCUUAUAACCAUUAUGGCCUUGACCUUUGGCUACGAGUAUGUGGUGGCGCGUCCUGAGCAGGGAGCGCUUCUUCGGGGCCUGCUCCUGCCCUCGUGCCCUGGCUGCGGCCACCCCGAGCUGCUGCAGGCGGUAGGCAUUGUUGGCGCCAUCAUCAUGCCCCACAACAUCUACCUGCACUCGGCCCUGGUCAAGUCUCGAGAGAUAGACCGAGCCCGCCGAGUGGACAUCAGAGAAGCCAACAUGUACUUCCUGAUAGAGGCCACCAUCGCCCUGUCCGUCUCCUUUAUCAUCAACCUCUUUGUCAUGGCUGUCUUUGGGCAGGCCUUCUACCAGCAAACCAACCAGGCUGCGUUCAACAUCUGUGCCAACAGCAGCCUCCACGACUACGCCAAGAUCUUCCCCAUGAACAACGCCACUGUGGCCGUGGACAUUUACCAGGGGGGCGUGAUUCUGGGCUGCCUGUUCGGCCCCGCGGCCCUCUACAUCUGGGCCAUAGGUCUCCUGGCGGCCGGGCAGAGCUCCACCAUGACGGGCACCUACGCGGGACAGUUCGUGAUGGAGGGAUUCCUCAGGCUGCGGUGGUCACGCUUCGCCCGCGUCCUCCUCACCCGCUCCUGUGCCAUCCUGCCCACCGUGCUUGUGGCUGUCUUCCGGGACCUGAGGGACUUGUCGGGCCUCAAUGAUCUGCUCAACGUGCUGCAGAGCCUGCUGCUCCCAUUCGCCGUGCUGCCCAUCCUCACGUUCACCAGCAUGCCCGCCCUCAUGCAGGAGUUUGCCAAUGGCCCGCUGAGCAAGGUCGUCACCUCCUGCAUCAUGGCGCUAGUCUGCGCCAUCAACCUCUACUUCGUGGUCAGCUACCUGCCCAGCCUGCCCCACCCUGCCUACUUCGGCCUUGCAGCCCUGCUGGCCGCAGCCUACCUGGGUCUCAGCACCUACCUGGUCUGGACCUGUUGCCUUGCCCACGGAGCCACCUUUCUGGCCCACAGCUCCCACCACCACUUCCUGUAUGGGCUCCUUGAAGAGGACCAGAAAGGGGAGACCUCUGGCUAGGCCCACACCCGGGGCCUGGCUGGGAGUGGCAUGCAUGGUGUGACUGGCCUGCUGGAUGUGGAGGGGGCGCAUGCAGGGAGCAGGAUGGAGUGGGGCAGUUCCUGAGACCUGCCAACCUGGGGGCUUUAGGGACCUGCUGUUUCCUAGCACAGCCAUGUGAUUAACCUCUGGGUCUCAGUGUCCUCAUCUGUAAAAUGGAGACACCACCACCCUUGCUAUGCAGGUUGAGCACUUUAACACAGUGCCUGGCACUGGGGACAAAAACAAACAAAACAAACAAAAAACAUUUCAAAAGGUAUUUAUUGAGCACCUUCAGGUGUGACCUGCCAGCCCAAGGACGGGUAGGGUAAGGGCUUGGGGACUUGGGCGAGACACAGGCUCCAAACUGGAGCUUGAAAUAGUGUCUGAUGAAUGUUUGUUUGUUUGUUUGAGACAGGGCAAGGGUCUCCCUCUGUGUCCCAGGCUGGAGUGCAGUGGCGCAAUGUUGACUCAUUGCAACCUCCGCCUUCUGGGUUCAAUUGAUUCUCGUGCUUCAUUCAGCCCCGGGAGUGGCGCGCACCACCACGCCCAGCUAAUUUUUGUAUUUUUAGUAGAGACGGGUUUUGCCAUGCUGGCCAGACUGGUCUCGAACUGCUGGAUUCAAGUGAUCCCGCCCACCUCCGCCUCCCAAAGUGCUGGGAAUUAGAGGCAUGAGCCACCGCACCCGGCCUGAUUAAAGUUACAUAAAUACUA